GACAAUCAAAAUCAGCUGAUUGUCAAUUUUGGUGAUAACAACUGUCAAGGUUGCAAAAUAUUACGCAAAAAAUUGAAAAUGUGUGUAAAAAAACUACAUCACAUCCAUUUAAAUUAGUAAGAUAGCUGUGGAUUCUUAGUAACUGUAAACACCAUUGCCAGUUUGAGUCGAAAACUUGAUAAGUCCGAAGUAACCAUAGCCUCACUGAGUUUCGUAACAAUUCCGGCAACACAUUGAAAUUUCAAGAAACCAGGAGAUUUUUACUGCAAAAUUAUGAGUUUCCGGCGUAUACUUUAUAAUACUACUAUAAGAAGUCCAUUACUCCACCAUUUGAGAGCAUUAAAGUGUUGGUCUUGCGGCAAAGAGGUUAAGUUCGUUUCUAACUUGUUCUGUGGAACUUGCAAUGCCUUGCAGCAUCCUAACAGCCACGAUAAUUACUUUCAACUGUUAGGAGUCAAAGAAACGUACGAUCAGGAUGAGACAGAGCUGGCCAAAAGAUACAAGGACCUGCAAAAGUAUUUGCAUCCAGACAAAUUUGCUACCAGAGACAAAAAAGAACAAGAAAUAUCAGCUGAAUACUCUUCCCUCGUAAAUGAAGCAUACAACACUCUGCUUGAACCUCUGGCUAGAGGCAUUUACAUGUUAAAACUAAGAGGGAAAGAGAUACCAGAAAACACAGAAGUUGACAAAGGAUUCCUCAUGGAGAUCAUGGAGAAAAAUGAAGAGGUGGAGAAUGCUGAUACUGAAGAAGAAAUCAUGAAAUUAAAUAAAGAAAAUAAAAAAGUCAUAAAAGAUCUACAAAAACAGUUGUCUACAGCUUUCUUUGAUGGAGACCUGAAAAGAGUCACUAAAUUGUUAAGUAUAAUGAAAUAUUACACAAGCAUAGACAAUCAAAUACAAGCUGUGAUUAGAAGUAAAGGAAUUAUACGAUAAUAUUUUUGUGAAUAAAAAUAGUUAUAU